AUGGGGGCCUCCAUGGGGGCCCCCAUUCCCUGCUGCAGUGCCGCUGCAGAAAGGCUGCAUUUGCUGCUGAGCCCAGCAGCAGCUGAAGCAGCGCUCGCAGCAGGCAGCACUGUGGCAGAGGUGUGGGCAGCAGCAGCAGCAGAAGGCACAGCAGCAGCAGAAGGCACAGCAGCAGCAGCAGCAGAAGCAGCAGCAGCUGCAGCGAAUUCACCGAGCCCCAGAGCUUUGUUCGCAUUUUACAGAGAAACAGCAGAGGGCAGUUUUCUUUGCGGCGUUGAUCAUGAGCAGCAGCAGCAAGAUCAGCAGCAGCAGCAGCAGCAAGAUAAACAGCAGCAGCAGCAGCAGCAAACAAAGGCAGAAGCUUUGCUGCUGGACCCACAGUCGCUGCGGCGUAGUCUGUGUCUUUUCCCUUUGCCGGUGCUGCUGCUGAAAUUGAACGACGAAGAGCAGCAGCAGCAGCAGCAGCAGCAGCAGCAGGCAGCAGCAGCACUGCACAUCGUGGAGCCGCUGGGCGGCGCCGCGGGCCCUGCGGCUGCUGCAGCCGCACUAAGCAGCAGCAGCAGCAGCAGCAGCAGCAGCGGCAGCAGCAACAGCAGCAGCAGCAGCAGUACAGACACAGAGAUCGACGCAAGCGAAGGGGAGCAACAGCAGCAAAAAGAGCCAAAAGAAAACAAAAAAGAAAACAAAAAAGAAAAUGAAAAAGAAAAUAAAAAAGAAAAUAAAGAAAAUAAAAAAGAAAAUAAAAAAGAAACUUUUAUAAAUGCUGCUGGCAAUGUCUUGGCUCUUGCUGCUUCUGAAGACGCAGCAGCAGGAAACGGCUUUGCAGUGCUGGCAGUUGCGGUGAGCAGCAGCAGCAGCGGCAGCAGCAGCGGCAGCAGCAGCAGCAGCAGCAGCAGCAGCAGCGCGGGGCAGCUGCAGCUGUGGCGGCUGCCCAGCGACAUAAGAAAGCCACCGGCGCUGAAGAUGCUGCUUCAGACAGCCAACUGCCACUGCCUGCAUUGGGUCAUGGGCUCGCGGCUGCUGCUGCCCUCUGCUUCAUGCAGCAGCAGCAACAGCAGCAGCAGCAGCAGCAGGAGCAGCAGCAGUUUUGCUGCUCGCGUGGGCUUGCUGCUGGCUGUCACAGGGGACGGGGGCCUUUGCCUUUGGUCGGUGCCGCUGCUGCCUUUUCUUGAAACGGAGCUUCCAAGCAGCAGCAGCAGCAGCAGCAGCAGCAGAAACAGCUGCAGCAGCAGCAGCGGGAACAGCGGCAGCAGCAGCAGCAGCGAGGCGGAAGACCUGCAACAGCCGAGCGCCUCAGAACUGGAGCAAUGGCAGCAGCAACAGCAGCAGCAGCAACAGCAGCAGCAACAGCAGCAGCAGCAACAGCAGCAGCAGCAGCAACAGCAGCAGCAGCAUGCAGAUAAAGAAUUGGGGGCUUUGUCCAAAGCUCCAGAUGAAGCAGCAGAAAGAAACUGGUGCUGUUUGCUUCCUGCCGUUUGGCGUUUUUCUUCUGCUGCUUUUCGUUUCUUUUGCUGCUGCGCUGCACCCGCUGCAGCAGCACCAGGAAAAAGCAGCAGCAGCAGCAGCAAAGAAACAAAUGAAGAAACAAAUGAGAGUGCUGCUUUAGUGGUAGUGGCUGGGGCUACCGCCGGCCGUCUGUGUGUCUUCACUUUUGCUGCUGCUCCAGCUGCCAGCAGCAGGAGCAGCAGCAGCAGCAGCAGCAGCAGCAGCUUAGGUGGCGUGGGGAGUGCUGGAAAGAAUAAUGUUUGCGGUGGCGGCGAUUGUGGUGCAGCCUCUGUGCAGCAGCAGCAGCAGCAGCUGCAGCAGCAGCAGCAGAUCAUAAGCAGUUUAUACAUAUUGUGCCUGUGCAGCCCUUUGACGGAAAUUCGCUGUUGCUGCUUCUGCCCUGCUGCUGCUGCUGCUGCUGCUGCUGGGGGCGGCGGGGGCUUGCUGCUGGCUGCUGCAGCACGGGGGCAGCAGAGCCGCAGCAGCAGUUUGCUGCUGCUGGAGCUGAAGCGGUGCAGAGCUGCAGCAGCAUGCGGCGCAGCUGGGAGCGCAGCAGCAGCAGCAGUGCCUGCUGCUGCAGCAGCAGCAGCAGCAAAAGUCUUUGAAGGCAACAGCAGCUGCUGCAGCUCUAGAGAUAUUAACCAACUUGUCUGGGGGCCCCUCUGCCGCUAUAUCUUCUGCAGCAGCGAAAAUGGAGUUGCAAUUAACUGCAGCAGCAACUCUGUGCUGCAGCUGCCUUUGCGGCUGCUGCUGAGCUGCCUCACCAGCAGCAGCAGCAGCAGCAGCAGCAGCAGCAAGAGGUGUCGAAGGUCGAGGGGCGCUGCGCCUGCGGCGCGCAAAAGCAGCAGCAGCAACAGCAGCAGCAACAGCAGCAGCAGCUGCUGCUGCGUUGCUGCUGCUGCUCUAGGCCCUUUCGUUUUCUUUGCGUUCAGCAACGGCAGCUUAAUACAGGCGGACACUGCGACACUGGAGGGGGGUUUGGAGUGUAUAGGCAGCUUUCGCUGGAGCCUCGCAAAUGAGACUUUUGGAAUUUCAGAAAAAAUAAAAAAGGAAAAAGAAAAAGAAGAAGCAAAAAGAAUUGCUGCAGCAAGAGCAGCAGCAGCAGCAGCGCUGCAGCAGCAGCGCCGCGCGCUCCUGCUGCUGCUGCAGCAGCAAGUCCGCGCAGACACGCAGCAGCCAGCAGCAGCAAACGCAAAAGCAGCCAUUUCUAGUAACUCCCCCCAAAACCAGCAGCAGCAGCAGCAGCAGCAGCGGCAGCAGCAGCAGCAGCAGCAGCAAAUCUCCGCCGAGUCGAUGCAGCAAAGAGUGCAGUUGCUGCUGGCGCUGCAGCGGCUGGAGGAGCAGCAGCAGCUAAUUAGAAAAGGACUUUUAAUAAGAGAAAAUGAAUUUUUGAAUUUAAAAAAAAAUAAUUUAAAUUCAAAAAUUCAAAAGAAGAGAAAAAUCGAAAAUUCAGAAAAUGCAGAAAAUCAAACGCCCUCCAUUCUCGCACCCCACAGGUAA